AUGGGGAUCGGAUGGGGUGAGCUCGGUAUGGAGCUUGGACCCCCUGAUGAAGAAGAAAUUUUUGAAAAGUCUGCAAAGAAUGCUUACGAGCAAUUCAGGGAUAAAGCAGCUUUUUCUAGAUCUAUGACGGUAGAUGAGAUGGAACAGGUUGCUCAGGGCAGAGUAUGGACCGGCAAACUUGCUACUUCCCUUGGCUUGGUUGAUGCUAUUGGCGGCUUCUCUCGGGCUGUUGCAAUUGCAAAACAAAAGGCUAAUAUACCACAAGAUAGACAGGUUAGGUUAGUUGAGAUAUCAAGACCCUCGCCAUCGCUACCUGAACUUGUCAGUAGCAUUGGAAGCUCAAUAUUUGGCUUGGAGAGAACAAUGAAGGAGAUGUUGCAGGAUGUGGCUUCAUUUGGGUCUGUUCAAGCAAGGAUGGAAGGCAUAAUGUUCGAGAGACUGGAAAAGCCCGACUAUGCUAAUCCAAUUUUCUCCCUCUUAAAGGACUAUUUCAGCUCUUUCUAACCAAAUUGAUCUCAAGAUCAGGUCAGUGAAAUAGAAAGAGUUAAAGAAAUAGUGGUGCUCAUUGUAAAAGUUGUAUAGCAUCUCAUAAUAGUCAGAAUUUCUAGCAACUUCUUUUGUGAGGUUGCAUUUACAAUAUAUUAAUUCAUACACAUUCAAAAAUGAAAGGA